AUGGAGAAGAUCUGGCAUCACACCUUCUACAACGAGUUGAGAGUGGCGCCAGAGGAGCACCCUGUCCUUUUGACCGAAGCUCCUAUCAACCCCAAGUCCAAUCGCGAGAAGAUGACUCAGAUUGUUUUCGAAACCUUUAAUGCACCUGCCUUCUACGUCUCUAUCCAGGCCGUGCUUUCCCUGUAUGCUUCUGGUCGUACUACUGGUAUCGUUUUGGAUUCCGGUGAUGGUGUCACCCAUGUUGUCCCCAUCUAUGAAGGGUUUGCGCUCCCGCACGCCAUCUCUCGUGUCGACAUGGCUGGACGUGAUCUUACCGACCACCUGAUGAAGAUUCUUGCUGAGCGUGGCUAUACUUUCAACACCACUGCGGAACGUGAGAUUGUUCGUGACAUCAAGGAGAAGCUUUGCUAUGUUGCUCUUGACUUUGAGCAGGAGAUCCAGACUGCCUCUCAGUCGUCUAGCUUGGAGAAGUCUUACGAGCUUCCCGACGGACAGGUUAUCACCAUUGGUAACGAGCGGUUCCGUGCUCCUGAGGCCCUUUUCCAGCCUUCAGUUCUCGGUCUUGAGUCUGGUGGUAUCCACGUGACCACCUUCAACUCCAUCAUGAAGUGUGACGUCGAUGUGCGUAAGGAUCUCUAUGGAAAUAUUGUCAUGUCUGGUGGUACUACUAUGUACCCUGGUAUUGCCGACCGUAUGCAGAAGGAGAUUACAUCCCUUGCUCCUUCCUCAAUGAAGAAAAUACUCUGUCUGGAUCGGAGGAUCUAUCCUUGCAUCCCUCUCCACCUUCCAGCAAAUGUGGAUCUCAAAGCAAGAGUACGACGAGAGCGGACCUUCUAUCGUCCACCGCAAGUGCUUCUAAACAAAGAAAUUUCGGACCGGUCGGUUACAAAUUCAAGGUUGUUGGAAGGUCAAUAUCUUAAUACAGUUGCCAAGGAGAAUGGGUGGAUGGUUUUCAUUUUUUUUUUUCAACUAUGGAGGCUUGUUUUAAGAUGGGGGUAGCAAAAUGGCGGGAGUAGUCGGGAGAAAAAUCGAAAAGUUGCUAUGCAAAGGCUUUUCAAUUUUUUGUGCAUUUUUUCGAGCGGACCGCGUCCGGUUUUUUUGUUUUGCUAUGAUGUGAAUUGCUUGUUGUAACGGAAUAAA